AUGCACAAGCCUCGUAAAAACGGCGUGUGCAACCUGGAAGUAGUGGUAAAAGACGGCGUGAUCUCGACGGAAAUUGCGCAGGACGAAAUGUCCCAUACACAUAACGUGGGGCCUGGGGACCCACUGCUUGCUAAGCAGAAGCAUCACCAUCGCAAGGCUUUUGAGUAUAUUUCAAAAGCCUUGAAGAUUGAUGAGGAAAACGAGGGUCAGAAAGAGCUAGCGAUAGAGCUAUACAAGAAAGGUAUCUAUGAGCUGGAGAGGGGUAUAGCCGUUGACUGCUGGGGCGGGCGCGGGGACGCCUGGCAGCGCGCGCAGAGAUUGCACGAUAAGAUGAAAACCAACUUAGGAAUGGCAAAGGACCGUUUGCAUUUCCUCGCCAACCUUGUCGCCCUCAGUAAGUUGGGCGUAGAGAGUGAGCCCGAACAGAGCGACAAAAAACCCACGGAGUCCCCUCUAAAGGCGCGAAGGCCUCUGGAGAAGUCGAAGACGACGCUCCUAGCGCAUACAGAAAGUAACAGUGGUCAAACGAAGCCACCGAACGAAGUCGCUGGUCGGAAGCUCACCACCGCCGGCAGACGGGUGCCCAGCGGGGGCGGAGGCCCGCUGAUGAAGUCCCAGACCCUGCCGAGGUCCAUGGGCCGCUCGUCGUCGCAGCCGAACAGCUCCAACGGCGGCUACGGACGGUACCCCAUGAAGCCGGCCUCAACACCACCGGCGGUGAAGCGGCAGCUUUCGGGCGGCUAUCAAGUGCCCGUGAACGGAUCGCCCGUUCGCCGGGCGGGGUCGCAGCGCGGCACCCCUACGCGCAGCCGGACCCCACAGCCGCUGAGCGUGCGCGGCGUCGACCCAAAGCUGGUGCAACUCAUCCUCGACGAAAUCAUAGAGGGCGGGCCCAAGGUGCACUGGGACGACAUCGCCGGCCAAGAGGCUGCAAAGCAGGCGUUGCAGGAGAUGGUGGUCCUUCCAUCGCUCCGACCGGAGCUCUUCACCGGUCUGCGGUCGCCAGCGAAAGGCUUGCUGCUCUUCGGCCCUCCGGGGAAUGGUAAGACUCUGCUAGCACGCUGCGUGGCGGCGGAAUGCUCUGCCACCUUCUUCUCUAUAUCUGCCGCGACUCUGACCAGCAAGUACGUUGGCGAUGGGGAGAAGAUGGUACGCGCUCUGUUCCAGGUCGCGAGGGAGCUACAGCCGUCGAUAAUAUUCGUGGACGAGGUGGACUCGCUGCUCUGCGAGCGGUCUUCCGGGGAGCACGAGGCCUCACGGCGUCUGAAGACUGAAUUCCUGGUGGAGUUCGACGGUCUACCGGCCGCGGGAGCCGACAGGCUCAUCGUGAUGGCGGCCACCAACCGUCCCCAGGAGUUGGACGAGGCAGCGCUCAGGCGUUUCCCGAAGCGCGUGUACGUGUCGCUGCCGGACGCGCGCACGCGCGGCGCUCUGCUGCGGCGCGUGCUGGCGCGGGGCGCGGCCGCCGCGGCGCUCGGCGACGACGAGCUCGCGCGCCUCGCCGCGCUCACCGACGGCUACUCGGGCAGCGAUCUCACCGCGCUCUGCCGCGACGCCGCGCUAGGACCGAUCAGAGAGUUGGACCCCGAGGAGGUGAAAUGCCUGGACCUGUCGCUGGUCCGCAGCAUCACAUUCCAAGACUUCAUGGACUCGCUGAAGAGGAUCCGGCCGUCCGUCUCGCCGCACAGCCUCGUCGCAUACGAGAAGUGGUCCGUUCAAUACGGCGAGUUGGGGGUU